AGAAUGGUGAAUAACACUGAAGACCCUCAAGAGGCUUUAUAACGUCCCAUCCCCAUGUAAAGUAUGCUCAGAACUUUUCCAGUAGUCCUGCUGGAAACCAUGUCUCACUACACGGACGAGCCAAGAUUUACCAUAGAGCAGAUAGACCUUCUGCAGCGCCUGAGACGCACGGGAAUGACCAGGCAUGAGAUCCUCCACGCUCUGGAAACCUUGGAUCGCCUCGACCAAGAGCAUAGCGACAAAUUCGGGAGAAGGUCUGGCUACGGGGGCGGUUCCUACGGCAACAGCACCAACAACGUGCCGGCCUCCUCCUCCACGGCCACAGCCUCCACCCAGACCCAGCACUGUGGGAUGUCCCCCUCGCCCAGCAACAGUUACGACACCUCCCCGCAGCCUUGCACUACGAAUCAGAACGGGAGGGAGAGUAACGACCGGUUGUCCGCCUUCAACGGGAAGAUGUCGCCCACCCGGUACCCCCUGGCCAACAGCCUGGCCCAGAGGUCCUACAGCUUCGAGGCCUCCGAGGAGGACCUGGACAUCGACGACAAGGUGGAGGAGCUGAUGAGGAGGGACAGCAGUGUGAUAAAGGAGGAAAUCAAAGCCUUCCUGGCCAACCGGAGAAUCUCCCAAGCAGUUGUUGCACAGGUAACAGGGAUCAGUCAGAGCCGGAUCUCCCAUUGGCUGUUGCAGCAGGGGUCGGACCUGAGUGAACAGAAGAAAAGGGCAUUUUACAGAUGGUACCAGCUUGAGAAGACAAAUCCUGGGGCCACACUAAGCAUGAGACCAGCUCCUAUCCCUGUAGAAGAGCCAGAAUGGAGACAGACGCCUCCCCCAGUCACAGCUACCUCUGGGACCUUCAGACUACGGCGAGGCAGUCGGUUCACGUGGAGAAAGGAGUGCCUGGCAGUCAUGGAAAGUUACUUCAAUGAGAAUCAGUAUCCAGAUGAGGCAAAGAGAGAAGAAAUUGCCAAUGCCUGUAAUGCAGUUAUCCAGAAACCAGGAAAAAAGUUGUCGGAUUUGGAGCGAGUCACCUCCCUCAAAGUGUACAAUUGGUUUGCCAACAGGAGGAAGGAGAUCAAGAGAAGAGCCAAUAUCGAAGCAGCAAUCCUGGAGAGCCAUGGAAUAGAUGUACAGAGUCCGGGAGGCCAUUCCAACAGCGACGACGUGGAUGGCAACGACUACUCAGAGCAGGACGCUUGGCAAGUACGCAACGGGGAGGAGGAGGGAAGAUGUUCAGAGGGAGGCAGAGAAGCAGAGAAGGUAGAAGAAGACAGGAGGAUCUGCUCCAAACAAGAUGACAGCACUAGCCAUAGUGACCACCAAGACCCCAUUUCCUUAGCUGUGGAGAUGGCAGCAGUCAACCACACCAUCCUGGCACUGGCCCGGCAAGGAGCCAACGAGAUCAAGACAGAGGCUCUCGACGACGACUGAUACAAAGAGAGGGGAGGGUCAAAGCAAGAAGUAACUUAGUUUUAGACGUAGCACCUUAGCAGACUUUCCUCGGUCCUUAAUAUGUGUUCUUACAGUAUAACUUUGCAGUUUCUUGUACGUCAGUUUAGCUGUUAGGGUCUUGUUCUGUGAAGAUGGCAUGGUGCCCUCAGCCUUUGCAUAUACUCUCUCAGUAUUAAUUCCCAAUAAAUAAUCAAUCAACCAACCAACCUCCCCUCUCCCGGCCCCAAGUGGCUAGAAAAAAAAAAAAAAAAAAAAAAAAAAAAAAAAAAAAAAAAAUCUUGCUGCUCUGUCUUAGCAUUCAAAGUGCUUCCAGGUAUUUUAGACAGCCCUCGAUUCCAAGUCUUAGGCUACACUUAAAAACCUUGGAUAACCUUAGAGAUCGUGUUGAAACAAUAGUCCGUACGCUUUCCCUUCCCUGAGACUGAAAGGAUGCAAGCUGAGGUAGUGGCACAGGGUCGAUGGACACCACACUGGGAGCAUCAACAGAGAGUAAAAAGAACACUUAGAACCCCCACUUCAGCCUGGGAAUAAAUGAUUUCCAGCUGCAAUAAGCCGUGCCUCACUGGUCAUACAGUGACUUGAUCUACUUUUGGGUGCUGUGCUGAGAAUGUCCAUUGGAAACACAUUCCCAUAUUUUCCGUUGGCGUUCACAUAUUCAACACAGACAUCCUCUGCUCUCACAAGCUGCGUGGCUUAGUGGAGAAGUGCUGCCUUCUGCCUCUGGGACCAUGGGUUGAAGCCCAGCCUGGGAUCAAAUGACAAAUGAGCUGAAUGUCUAAUGGACAACAGUCCACUUCUCAGAACCACUAUUCCUUUUUGGCAUGGCUGGCAGUGCCUGCUCAGAAGAGGUCUAGACUCUUAUUGAUCUGUCAUUAACUAUUUCACCUUUUAUUCCUCCUCUCGCCUUCUCUCUGUCCCCGCCCUCCUCCCCUCUCCACUUUGCCACUUUUGAAAGCAAUGUUUUCCAGGAAGGUUGUUAAGGUCAUAAAAUGGGUGAGUGGAUUUUUACACGUCUGUGUAACCGAUGCCUACGUCCUGAGUAGCCUGAAAGGUUGUUGGAGAACUUUGACACCUGACCUUUGCUAGAGAAACCAUCAGAGCAUAAAUAUUCUCCUAAAUAUGAACUUUUUUGUUUGUUUAAAGGCAGGAGGAUCUCUUACCUGAGAAAUGGGGUGUGAAUGUUUUGUGUUCUCUUUACUCUGUCUUUGUUAAGGUGUGAGAAAGCUAUACUGCUACGAGCAAUUUAAUUAAUAAUUGGAAGCCAUACUGAUAAUGGAUGUGGUAAUAUUUGUAAAGCAAACCUACUUUAAGUAGCAGGAACUAAUGGAAUUGUUUUCCUUGAUCAUAUGUAGCACUUUUGUUACUUUUUUCUUAAAGAUAUUUAUAUUUGAUAAGUCUUUUUUUUAUCAUUUGAGAAUUCCAAAUACCAAACAGCAAACUUGCAUUGCAGAGUCACCCUGCGAUCACCUUGUCAUCUUAGUAUCUAAAUGAUGAACUGUGUGUGCAUCUAAGAAAAUUACAUCUGCUAGCAUUGUGUGGAAAUGAUCUCCUGGCAUCCUGAUAAAAUGAUAUGUUGCUGCCGGUAAGAGGAAACAUUUUGAUGGAAACAGCACGGGAAGUGUUAGAGACGGGCAAGAAAAACGUUAACAAGGAAAAAAAAAAAAAAUUAAAAACCCGUGGAAAUUUUUGUACGAGAGAUGUAUAAAAAUCUCCACAGCGUUUCCUCGACAUUCCAUUUUACCUUCCCAGUUUAUGUGGGAAUAGCUUAAAAAAGAGGAGAACAGCUCAGUUUGAGGGAUGGGCUUCCCUUUUCUCUCCCACUUUGCAGGCAGAGGGAACGAAGGGAAGUUGCUGUUACUCGCCUUGUUCUCAUCCCUUCCUCACUCUGAACUCUCAGAGAGCACCGUGAACCCCUAAAAUGUGGCUGCUCAGCAGGUUUUUGGCCAGCCCAAACCCCUCCAGGCACAGGCUGACGAGAUCAGCUUUACAUCUGUUAAUCUGGGCAAAACUGCUGACCCGAGUGUGGAGGAGAUUUUGUGCUUUCAGAGGGCACCUGGUUGGCACCUCUUUGUCUCUGUACCUUUGAAGAUAUAUAGGUAGGGCUUGGCCUCGACUCUCACUUAUGGAUUUCAUUGGAAAAUUUAUGUGCUUUCCUUGGAUAUAGAUCACUGAAGCAGAAUGAAGCCAUCUUUUUUUUUUCUGUUUUAUUGCAUUUCUCGAGUAGGCAAAUUCAUAAGUAGCACCGGGGCGGACUCAGGAAAGGCAGGACUGGGAUCAGCAACGUUGCACCACUGCAGUUCUUUUCUCACUGCUUUGUAUGAAUGUUUUGGUACUAAGGGGCGAAAGGACGGGGAGAGCUUUUAUUUCUAUUUUUUGCACAGCAGAAUGAUCGAGCAAACUCGAGCCUUAGUGGAAUUUUACCUACUUAUUCAUUCCACAGUCACACACCGAGCUGACAAGCAACAUCCACGAUUUAUAGUAAGGAGAUUUUAAUAAUCGAUGACCUCUUUACGUUGGUCUUGCCACCACCAUUUGUUCUGGCUGUUUCAUUUUAAAAAGAACAGACUCAAAGUGUUGGACAGCUGCAAUUUUGAAAGAAAUAUUGCUUACUAUAGUAUCUGUAAAAGAAAAAAAAAAGUCAUUGUUUGAGGUGUUGCCUUUUUAAAGCAAUAGGGGAGAAUGAAAAUAAGUAUUAGGACUUGUGUAGCCUGGUUCUAGGUUCAUGUGAUGCAGGAUCAAAGUAACACCACUGGAACUGUAUGUCUGUACCAUCAAAUGUAGAAUUAUCUGGUCUUAAUUCUGUUUGUCACUGUCAGGAAGCCACUGACAUGAUGCACCAGUAUCCUCUCUGAAGGUUAAACAGGUAAACAAACCCCUGGUGAGCGACUGGAGAGGAGCAGAUCCUCCUUGGCUGCAGCUUCCUGGUAAAUCCCAGUUUUCUGCUCUCCCACAUUUCCCUCUUACCAGAGGAAAUAGCAGAUAACUGGGGAAUCACACACUUGGCUCUGUGGUGUCAGUGUUUGGGUGUUUCUGUCUGCUUUGGCUUUUCUUUAUGCACCAAGAGGUACGAGGCAGGAGUGAGAGCUCGGCUGUUCCCGGGGUCUUUGUGGAAGGCUGUUUUCUGGAGUUUGGAAGAUUGCAGUGAGCAGUUUGCAGUUAGUGAAUUACCUUUUGGUUUGACAUUAAUUAGCCACGAUGGAACAGAUGCUGGUGUGAUGGUACCAGGAGAAGUGAAUGUGAUCUGGAGUAAGUGAAAGAAUUGGUGGAGAGUGUCUCCUGGAAUUUAGCCUUUCUUCUGGGUUUUUUCCAUGUUAUGGGCCUCUUCUUUGUCUUUCUGUCUCUGGACUUCCUUGGAAAUUAAGCCUUGUUUUUGUAGCAUUGCAGUUCAGUUGUGGUUUGUUGUAGCCAGUCUGGAGUUACUGCAGUUUGUUCUUGUGUGGGUUCCCUUGAAGUGGGUCUGGUGGCAGACCAGAUCUACCUUUUUGUUCUGUGAAUAGAGAAGAAAUUAUUUAAGAUGCUCCUCCUCUGUGGUGGGCACAGGUUGCUUUUAACUUCAUAGGGUAAGUUCUGGCUGUUACUUUUUCCCUCAUAAAGUCCUUAUACUUGAGUUGUUGUCUCUUACCGUCUUCUUAAAACAACAAUUUCUACCUCCACUUUUUUUAUGGAUUGUUUUUUUAAUUCCCCCACCUUUUUCUCCUGAAGUAUGAGAUCCCAAAUGUUUGCAAAAGCAUUAUGAAUUGAUAAAAAUCAGCAGACUUGUUUCUGUUGAUCUUCUGAAUGCUCUAUAAACAUAUGUGUGAUUAUAAUGAAAUCCCAUUACUCACGUGUUGGCUUUGAGUCAGCAGUGCACUCUCGUAGCAAUUAAGGGACCUCAUUAAGAGUCUUCAGCAGGUUGUGGAAAGGGAUUAGACCUUUCUGUCCAGCAUUUGUGGGACCCUUGUGUGGGCAGGAGGUGUGAGGGUUGGAGCACAAAUUACGUGGAGGGAGAUCGUAAGAGCUGGGUUUGUCCAGGCUGGCUCUGGGGACGUCCCGUAUUUUGGUUUUUAACUGUCUUAAUAGGUUGGUUUUAAUUGGGGGGACCUGUGCAGGGUCAGGAGUUGGACUUCAGUGGUCCUCAUGGGUCCCUUCCAACUCAGGAUACUCUGUGGUUCCAGGGGAGGCAGAGCCAGGCUCUUCUCAGAAGGGCACGGUGAAGAUGUGAGGGACAGUGGGCUAAAGUUGUGUCAAAGAAAAUCCCAGAUGAAUAUAAAGAGAAAUAUUUUCCUACUCAGAGGGGCAGAACAACAAUCUGAAAAGGCAGUAGAAUUCCCAUCCUUGGGGAUAUUCAAAACUCAACUGGACAGGGUUGGAUUAGAGACCUCCAGAGGUCUCUUCUGACCAAAAUUAUUCUAUGAUUCUGUAACAGAGCUGCUCAGGUUGGGCUGUUCCCUACUUCUGAUUUAUACAUGUUGACUUGUUAAAAGAAAUCCUCUUAAUUUGUUGGGGUUUUUUUCUGUUUUGCUGUUCAUAAAAGUUAACUUUUCUAGUUUACUAAUAGAGAGGAGCUUUAUUUGCAGGGUCUGACUCCAGGCUCCAGUCAAGCCAUAAGUUAGAACUUUCAUUAAUUAUUUGCUCUGUUUACACAGUUCUUCAGGGAUAUUUGACUUAACUCUGUUUGUUUCAUUGCCUAACAUAAGACUGGUAAGUUUUUCAUGUUUUUGUAACAUUUGUGAUUUGUAGAUCAGUUUUUGCCUUCAUUUGUGAGGGUUCAUCUUUGUCUUGCUGCUGAAAAAUUCCACAUAGCUGAACGUAUUGGAGGAGAAAUUGUGGUUCAUUUAAGCCCACUGGUGACUACUGUGAUAAGCUACAAAUUCUGGGUCAGUAAAUCACAAAUUGAUCAUUAUCAGAAGCUGAAAGGGUUUGAUGGGGAAAAAGUCACAUUAUAAUUACUUGGAUCCUCUUUCCUUAAGUGUUUGCUUUGGCCACUGCUAGAAAAAAGAAACCCAUGGUACUUGUAACAGGGUUUCAUAAAGAAAAAGGUUUGAUUUUUCAUAUGAAUAAAACCACUAAAAUUGGUGUAAGAAUUUCCAAAACUCAAAAUUAAUUGCUGCCUUAAUGCAGGAUUGUGGUUCCCUGGGUGUGAGUUUAACUCCAAUCUAAAGCUGGAGUCACACUUUUCCCUGCAAAUUACUAAGAUUCAGUGUGAGAUUUUGCCCAUAAUCCUGAGCUGUGGAUGUUCAGUUGGAAAAGAUCACACUCCCCCCCCCCCUUUUUAUCCCUGGAAUUGAGCUUGUUUUAUUUAAUAAUUUUCUUAGCAGAAGGUUUAUGUUCCUCCUCCCAACCCAGCUCCAUCAUGGUGCAGCCCUCACCUCCCAGUGCUCAUCAGCUUCUUUCAAACUCACUGAGUAAUUAACCAGCAGAUUUUAGGAGUUUUUGUUAAAAUAAACUUUGCUCUUAUUUCAAGCCUUGCACUCUGAAGUUAUUUAACUUGAUAAUGUUAUUUCAAUCAAAGUCUUAAGCUUUGAUUUGGCAAUAAUCUUUGGUUUGGGGUAGCUUUUGGCAGGACUCUUUGGUGGCAGGAUUGGUCUUAAAACUGUGUUCUGUGUCAGUGACCUUAAUAUGUGUUGAUGGCCCAGAUUUGGUGUGUGUUUGUGGCAGCAGUCAGGGCUGUAUCCUGAUCCCAGCCAUUUUAAUGGAGUUUUGUGGAGUUGGGAGUUUUCACUGUGAUCCCUUGGAAGGGAAUGUUGAUGGCCUGACCAGAAAGUACCUCGCAGUUCCCAAAAAGAGUUACAGAGACAUUUCAAACUAGAGCAUUCCCUGUUGGGCUUUUUAGCUGCUGGGAUAUUUACUCAGGAUAUUGGAGCAGUUCUUGGCCAAUAGGCAUUUGGCACAGCCCUAAAACCUUCGUUUUAGCCUCUCCUACUGUUGUCAAAUUUAUGGGGUUUAAACUGUCUGACUAAAGAUGUUGCACAUUGAUGAAAACCAGAGGCUUUCUGGAGAUGGCAGCUACAAAUCCAAAUUUGAAAUACACAGAAAUUAUCUUCUUUGUGAGAAAUGUGUUAUAACUAGAAGAGCUGGGUUGGGUGUUUUUAGGACUGUCAAUAACAUGACAGUGAUUUGAUGUUGGUUUUUGUCCAACAAAUAUAAAUCAAAUCAGACCAAUGGAAGUUAUGUCAGUGGCAUCAGUGAGACAGAGGCCUUGUCACUUAAAAAUAGCCUGGAUUUGUUUGUUCCUGCCUGUUUUCAUGUGGCUUUCAUCCAAGAAUUGUGGUUUGGGUGCGAAGAGACCUUAAAGACCUUAAAGGCCGACUCAUUCCACCGCCCUGCCAUGGGCAGGGACACCUUCCACUAUCCCAGAUUGUUCCAAGUGCUGUCCAACAUGGUCUUGGACACUUCCAGGAAUGGGUCAGCCACAACUGUCAUGGAGAUAGAAAAGGAUUUGCUAUUUGGAGUGCAGGGGGAAAAUUCACAAAACACUUUAAACGCCCCUUUUAAUGAGGCUGAUCCAGAAAAUGAACUAAUGGGUUGGAUGGCUGCAGUGCUGGGCUCUAUCCCAUUCUUUCAGGAAGGUCUGGAGUGCUCCAGCCAACAGCUUAAGCAGGAAUGAACCAAAAGCAUUGAACUGGAGUGAGCUGGUGAUGGGCCUUUGAUGUUUCUGUAUGUACAGUGCAUCUCCUCCUCAGAUGGCUUGGCAGGAGCCUCUCCCUGCCAUUUAUUCCCUCUCAGUUCCAUGGCAGCGGGUGUAUCCUGCUGAUCAAAACACCCAGCACACUUGUGCUAAAUCCUUUCAAACUGCAGCCAGGGUAAUUGGGAUGGGCAGGAUAAAUGCAUGGGAGUAUGGCAGGAGAAGUGAUGGCAGCUCCUUUGAAUGACUGGGUGUCCCUGACGUGUAAUUAGCUGCUUUAGAACGCUGGGGAUUGGCAUGGUCGCGAUUAAAAGGAUUUCUGUCUUUUCUGUGACUGAAAACAGGAGAUCCUCCGCCCCCUAAUUCUCUCUAAUACCACUGUUAUUAGUGACACUUGGAACACAGACCCUCUGUAAACUUAAAUAAUGACCUAAAUGAAUGGUGACUUACAACAGCAGGGGCUGAGCUGAGGCCAGUUUUCUAUGCAAAGCUGCUUCUCCCGGUUUUCCGUUCCCCGCUCCAUGUACGUGUCGCUUCUCAGUGAGUUUUGGAGACAAAAAGGAUGUUUAGUUGUGUGACAGAUUACCCAGGGGCUGGUUUAGCUCUCCUUGUUGUUUUGGGGUUGUAGAGGUGAGGAAGGUGAGCCAUGAACUCCACUGAACUCAUCUCAUGUUGUCACCUCUGCACCGUUUGGUCUCCGGUCCCUUGGAGCAGGGAAUGGAACUGGCUCUUGUGUCCUCCUCCAAAUUCCCCUUCCUGGUGGCUCUUUGGAAGCCUCACCAGAACUUGUUGCCACGGUGUCCUCGAGCUCUCUGCUGCCCCAAUUAACAUGCUGUAGGGACAGGAGCUAACUCCCCUUUUCCUUAAAAAACCUCAGAAUAUCCUGCACCUGCAGGUUUGGCUGGACACCAUCCCUGCCAUUCACCGGCGGUGUGUGGUGGUGACCCAAAAUAACACCAUCAUUUUUCCCUGACAAGUUGCUAGAUUCUCAAAAAACAUCUGCCAGAGGGUUUUCUGUGCCUUUUAAUUCUGUUUCUGUGAAUAUUUGUUGGCCCUUGAGCACUGCAGAGCCUGAGCUCCAUUUUUACCCUCAAGUUGACCAGAUUUUUCCAUAGUGCUGUUCUCCCACUGCAGUCACUUAUCAGACAGGUUUCUGGGGUUUUUUGGUAUGUGAAGAGACUCUUAGUCAAACUUACUAAAAUGAGCACCAUCAAAAAAGAAUUUAGGAACUUCCUCAAGCUCUUAUUUGAAUCUUCCAGUUACUUCUCAGCUUCUUUGCACUGAAAUCCUGGUGUGACUCUCACCCAGUGUCACUGUAGUUCAGAGCAGAGCUGUGGGUACUUCAGUUCUUCCAGCACUACACUCACAGUACCAAUGGGAACAACUUCUUUUCAAGAAUAUACAUUUUUAGGUGUUCACUUGCUGCUGUCACUGGCCUCAAUUCAGCUUCCUGCCCUCCUCUCCCCUCUCCUCGACUAAUUAAAGUCUUCCAUGUAACGCUGAGAUGGCACAUGGAGCUUAAAUAACCCUCCUCUUUAAUUAAGAGGUUGAAUUCAGCCUUCUGAGAUAUAUUUGACAUCAUUUGAGAUUUAAAAAUACAUUUUACUUACACAGUUUAUCCAUCAGAUCGCUCGAGGAGGGCAAAGAGAUAAUGAAAGUAAAUUAUUAAUUAAUAUCUCUCACCCAGUAUAUUCCAUUAAGAUUAUUAAGCAUAUAUUCCAUUCCUCAAAGCACAUUUGACUUUGGAUAUAUUUUUUUUUAAGUCUGCUGGUGAAGUUUCUGCCUCUCUCUUUGACAGGGCUGUAGUGACAGGGCUGAAAACAUCCUUCAGGGGCAAACCAGAGCCAGGAAUUCUGAGUAUCAACUCACUGACCAGGUUUUCCAUUUCAUUUCUGCAUUAUGGCAAGUGAGCAGGUCUGAGCCCAGAGUGACAUGGACUCUGCCUGACACAUUCAAACUGUUCCUCUCUUUAAAAGGUUUGAUGGAAUUUUGGAGUGGAACCAGCAGCAGGAGCAUCUCACCUUUCAGCGUGUUGGAUGGAGGGGGCUGAGUUUGGGUGGAGGUACAUUAGGGUCGGAGUGGUGAAGAGGAAAUUCCACAUAUUGUUGGGAAAGACCCAGCACAAAAUCUGUAACUGCUCCUUGAGAAGAGGA